GAGUUGGCUCCGAUCUCCGCGCAGGGGACCCCGACCGUCAUGUUAAGGUAAAGCAGAGGGGCUCAGUGCUGAACAUGCUAAGGAGGCUGGACAAAAUCAGGUUCAGAGGUCACAAGAGAGAUGACUUCCUCGAUCUAGCAGAGUCUCCAAAUGCCUCGGACACUGAAUGUGGAGAUGAAAUACCCCUGAAAAUACCUCGGACCUCGCCCCGGGAGAGCGAGGAGCUGCGGGACCCUGCUGGUCCAGGGACCCUCAUCAUGGCUGCAGGAGUCCAGGACUUUAGCCGGACAGAGUUUGAUCGACUAAAUGAGAUCAAAGGCCACCUGGAAAUCGCCCUAUUGGAAAAGCACUUCUUACAGGAGGAGCUCCGGAAGCUGCGGGAAGAAACCAACUCGGAGAUGCUGCGGCAGGAGCUGGACCGGGAGCGGCAGCGGCGGAUUGAGCUGGAGCAGAAGAUCCAGGAAGUGCUGAAGGCCAGAACCGAGGAGCAGUCAGCUCAGCAGCCUCCAAAAGGGCAGGCCCAGGUCAACAACGGAGCAGACCGCCGGAGCCAGGGGCUAUGCCCCCGCGUCCAGAAGUGGUUCUACGAGAGGUUCGGGGAGUACGUGGAGGACUUCCGCUUCCAGCCCGAGGAGAGCGCCGUGGAGACGGAGGAGCCGCUCAGCGCCCGCAGGUUGACGGAGAACAUGAGGCGCCUGAAGCGCGGUGCCAAGCCUGUCACCAGCUUUGUGAAGAAUCUCUCUGCCUUAUCCGACUGGUACUCCGUCUACACAUCCGCCAUCGCCUUCACCGUGUACAUGAAUGCCGUGUGGCAUGGCUGGGCCAUCCCCAUGUUCUUAUUUCUAGCAAUUUUGAGGUUAUCCCUCAAUUACCUCAUAGCCAGGGGCUGGAGGAUACAGUGGAGCAUCGUGCCAGAAGUGUCCGAAGCUGUGGAGCCUCCAAAGGAAGACCUGACCGUGUCUGAGAAGUUCCAGCUCGUGCUGGACGUUGCCCAGAAAGCUCAGAACCUCUUUGGCAAGAUGGCCGACAUCCUGGAAAAGAUCAAGAACCUGUUCAUGUGGGUGCAGCCCGAGAUCACGCAGAAGCUGUACGUCGCACUGUGGGCCGCCUUCCUUGCCUCCUGCUUCCUCCCCUACCGCCUGGUGGGGCUAGCUGUGGGACUCUAUGCCGGAAUCAAGUUUUUCCUCAUCGAUUUUAUCUUCAAACGCUGCCCGAGACUGCGUGCCAAGUACGACACUCCCUAUAUCAUCUGGAAGAGCCUGCCCACGGACCCCCAGCUCAAAGAGCGCUCCAGCGCUGCCGCCGUGUCGCGCAGGCUGUCAGGGCAUGACAAGCUGCAGACAGCCUCCUCACGGAGCUACGUGUCCAGUGCGCCAGCCGGCCUGAGUAAGGACGAGGACGCCGGUCGUUUCCACGGCACCAAGAAGGGCAAUUUCCAUGAAAUCUUUAACUUGACAGAAAACGAGCGUCCGCUGGCAGUGUGUGAGAACGGCUGGCGCUGCUGCCUGAUAAACCGAGACCGGAAGAUGCCGACAGACUACAUCAGGAACGGCGUGCUGUACGUGACGGAGAAUUACUUGUGCUUCGAGAGCUCCAAAUCGGGCUCUUCCAAGAGGAACAAAGUCAUCAAGCUGGUGGACAUCACAGACAUCCAGAAGUACAAGGUCCUCUCCGUCCUCCCGGGGUCGGGCAUGGGCAUUGCCGUGUCGACACCAUCCACCCAGAAACCGCUGGUGUUUGGCGCCAUGGUGCACAGAGACGAGGCCUUCGAGACCAUUUUCAACCAGUACAUGAAAAUCACAGCAGCCGCAGCGUCGGGCAGCGACAGCUAGUGUCGACUCUCUGGGACAUUGCUGGAAGUUUCUUUCUUUUUUAACAAUUUGGUAGUGG